AUACCCAUAUUACAAUAUUCGACGGUAUAAUGGCCACAAAACCAGGAGUCCUCACCGAUUGGCCUUGGACAUCCCUCGGGAGUUUCAAGUACAUAGUGGUAGCACCAUGGGUGGUCCACAGCACAUACAGGUUUGUGACAGAUGAUCCGGAGAAAAGAGAUCUCGGGUACUCCCUCGUAUUCCCCUUCUUGCUCUUCAGAAUUCUGCACAACCAGGUUUGGAUCUCUCUGUCCCGUUACUAUACAGCGAAGGGAAAGAGGCGCAUCGUGGACAAGGGAAUCGACUUCAAUCAGGUCGACAGGGAAACCAACUGGGAUGACCAAAUAUUGUUCAACGGAGUGCUGUUUUAUACAGGCAUCUGCCUAUUGCCGGAGGCCAAGCAACUUCCCUGGUGGAGGACCGACGGAGUGUUGAUGGCAGCUUUGCUUCACGCCGGACCUGUGGAGUUCCUCUAUUAUUGGCUCCACAAAGCUCUCCACCACCACUUUCUUUACUCCCGCUAUCAUUCACACCACCACUCCUCUAUCGUCACUGAGCCCAUCACUUCGGUGAUACAUCCUUUUGCCGAGCACAUAGCAUACUUCAUGCUCUUCGCGAUACCGCUGCUUACGACGUUGUUAACGAAAACGGCGUCCAUAGCGUCAUUCGCCGGGUAUGUAAUCUACAUAGAUGUCAUGAACAACAUGGGACACUGCAACUUCGAGCUCAUCCCCAAGCGCCUUUUCCAUCUCUUUCCUCCCCUCAAGUUCCUCUGUUACACUCCAUCAUUCCACUCGCUGCACCACACGCAGUUCCGGACCAACUACUCCCUCUUCAUGCCCUUGUACGACUACAUCUACGGCACUAUGGAUGAAACCACAGAUACCUUGUACGAGAAGUCUCUAGAAAGAGGAGAAGAUAGAGUGGACGUUGUGCAUCUAACUCACCUGACAACGCCAGAGUCUAUAUACCAUUUGCGCAUUGGCUUGGCCUCAUUUGCCUCCUACCCUUUCUCAUAUAGAUGGUUCAUGCGCCUUUUGUGGCCUUUCACCUCUCUCUCCAUGAUCUUCACGCUCUUCUACGGCCGCCUCUUUGUCGCUGAGAGCAACUCCUUCAAGAAGCUCAACUUGCAGUCUUGGAUGAUACCCAGAUAUAAUCUACAGUACUUGUUAAAAUGGAGGAAAGACGCCAUCAACAACAUGAUCGAGCAAGCGAUAUUGGAGGCAGAUAAAAAAGGAGUGAAGGUGCUUAGCCUGGGUCUCAUGAACCAAGGGGAGGAGCUGAACAUGAAUGGGGAGGUGUAUAUCCGCAAGCAUCCAGAACUGAAAGUGAGAGUGGUGGACGGCAGUAGAUUAGCAGCAGCCGUUGUGAUCAAUAGUGUACCCAAAACAACUACAAACGUCGUGAUGACAGGCAAUCUCACAAAGGUUGCCUACUCCAUCGCCUCUGCUCUCUGCCAGAGAGGUGUUCAGGUCUCGACCUUGCGCCUAGACGAGUAUGAGAAGCUAAGAUCAUGCGUUCCACAAGAAUGCAGAGACCAUUUGGUCUAUUUGACCACUGAUUCACUCUCGUCAAAGAAGGUAUGGCUGGUGGGAGAAGGAACAACUAGAGAAGAGCAGGAAAAAGCCACAAAAGGGACAUUGUUUAUACCAUUCUCACAGUUCCCCCUCAAGCAGUUACGAAGAGAUUGUAUCUAUCACACCACACCGGCAUUGAUAGUUCCAAAAUCUUUAGUGAAUAUCCACUCCUGUGAGAACUGGUUACCGAGAAAGGCAAUGAGUGCAACUAGAGUGGCCGGUAUAUUGCACGCCUUAGAAGGAUGGGACAUGCAUGAGUGUGGCACAUCCCUUCUCUCGGAUUUGGACCAAGUAUGGGACGCCUGUCUCAGCCACGGCUUCCAGCCUCUCCUCCUUCCACAUCAUUAAAACCAAACGCCAACCAAAACUAUAUAUGGAAGCUUUUAGGAAAAUGAGAGUUACACCCUGUGUGCUUCUUUUUCCUUUUGAUCCAGCUCUCUUCCACACAUGAACUAUGAAACACAUAUAAAGCGUACACAUUUUAUGAAUUACGUACACAAAUAUUUAUGCAUAUCAAGCUGUUGGUGAUUGAUUAUGGUAUUAAUAAGAGCACUAGCUAUUUCUUUUUCUAUA